GACACAUGAUAUACAUAUAUAUACUAAUACUAAUUACUUUACUUCAUAUUUCAGGUGGUAAGAUUUUAAACUUUCGUUGGGUUACUUAAAAUAGUUAUAAACGGAAGCAGACGAAAUACAUCAGCCAGCCACGUAUAAGAAAAAGAGACAAAGAUACAAAGUGUACCGACUUUGCUAAAGGUAUUUUUGACAAAUAAUGGCAAGUCGAAAUACAAAAAUACACCAAACAAAACAGUCCUCAAGUAGAAAUGCCGUAUCUGCAUCUACGAAAAAGGCACAUGACCAAAAGGAUACCCGUCACAUUCCGAGCAAAGCUGCAACAUUACAGACAGCAAUUCCAAGAAAAUAUCCUUGCAAUUCCUGUGCUAAAAGUUUUUCAACGCCAGCGGAACUUUCACAGCACAAAAACGAUAAACACGGAAUAAAACCGCUUAAGAGCAUGAAAUGCACGGCUUUGCCACCCGGGGCCAACAAGUUAUGCUCUGGAAAAUUCAGCUGUACUUCAUGUGCAAGAACAUUUUCUGCAAAUAAUGAACUAGUUCAACACCAAAGAGACAAACACCAAAUAAUACGACCUAGUAGCAGCCAUUCAAAUUUAGUGCCAGCAACGGUGAAUAAAUCUGGCGCGGUGAAAGUCAGUUGUUCUUUUUGUGAUAGAAAGUUUUCGACAAAUCCUGAGCUAUCACAGCACCAAAGAGACAAGCACAAAAUUGACCAAACUAGAGUAAGUCACUCUGCAAUUUCAUUUCCUGGAGCCAGCAAUGCCAGAAAUGGUGUCAACUGUCGUUUUUGCUCAAGAAGUUUUGUCACAGAUAAUGAAUUGCACCAACACCAAAGAGACAAACAUCAGAUAGAUGAAUUUAAAGUGAGACCCGCGACAGUGGUACCUUGUCAUGAAAACAAACCACACAUUGGAACACUUCGGUGUUCCCUCUGUGACAAACAUUUUCUCAAACAAAAUGAGUUAUUUCAACACCAAAAAGACAAACAUAGCACAUCCAACCAUUCUGCCACACUACUAGUCACGGCAAACAACUCUGGAAAAGGUGGAAGUGCAAACUUUCCAGCAAGGCCAUCCAAACCAGUUGCCGAACAUGAUAAUACUUGUUCUAUAUGCUCAAGCCAUUUCUCGAGCGCCAGUGCGUUAUUGCAACACAGGAAAGACAGGCACCAAGCAAGGCAAGACGGAAGUCUUUCGCAUUCCAUAUCUGAGAAAAAGAAAUCUUGCAACGACGAAUACAAAUGCCAAAAGUGCACAAAAAGUUUCUCUACAAAAAGUCAACUGGAUCAGCAUCAACAUGAUAAACAUCAAAAUAAUGGACAAGUACAACAUACACCACAAGCAAAAAACCAUGGCCACAAUUCGGCAAAAGGUAACGCAAAACAAGAUGGGCUCACAAAACAAGAGAAAGCUGAAUUGCUGCGAAAUGAAAGAAAGAAAGAAAUUGACGAGUAUUAUGCCAAGAAAGUAGAUAUCGAUAAAGAUGAGAAGAAGGCAUCUGUUCGAAUUGUAAAUGAAACACUGUCCAAGAUUAUGUCCCAUGUGCACGGGCAAAGAGGAGGCGAUAUUUAUUGCCCGAACCAUGUGAAAGCCGGUAGUUUUCCCGUAAACACAAAAAUUGGUAAACCAGAUGAAUUCGAUACCAAUAUUUGUGUGAAAUUAGGACACCAAGAUGUAAAGAUCAGCAGUGACAGAAAGAUUAACUACGCAUACGCACAGACUGAACAUGCAACAAACAUGAAUGUUAAAUGUGAGCUUGGUCAAACCAAAAGAAGUGUGAAGGUACCGGACAGCUAUGCUGUAGCAUCGGUUGAUGGGGACAAAAUUCCUGGAGAUCUUAGACACGGGAGAGAUCUAAUUCCACGGGAGAUGAGAUAUGAUCUUUACCAGAAAAUCAAAACUGCAAUAAACGAACUAAAUCUGAAAUAUGUUGACCUAAGCAGGGAUGCACAUGGACCAGCUAUAACCAUGACCAUUCGCCCACGUAAACAGUUUACUAUUCAGCACCAUAUCAGUGUUGACAUUACAAUAUCCCUACCAAGUGAUAAACCUAUAAUGAAGUGGCCACGCAAAGAAACCAAAAAAGCUUUCAGCGAAAAGCUCAUAAAUGAUGUAAAGGAAACUGGAACACACCUUGUACCAAAGAAGGACGAAUUCUGGGCUAUUUCGUACUCCAGAGCUGAACGAGCUUUAUUCUCUAGAAUUGAUGAGGGUAACGGUUGCAGAAAAUUUGUCUACAAAAUGUUAAAGAAGUACAUGCAAAGUUGUAAAUCUUGCUCAAAAAACGGCUUGCCAGGAUUGUCUUCACAUAUUUUGAAGACCCAGUUGUUAUGGUCUUGCGAGCGACGUACCGCGCCCGAGUACUGGCACCAUAAUAACCGUGACAUGUGCCUAAUCGAUGCACUGGCUGAUCUUGAGAAAACACUGAAGAGUGGGCAUUUACCGGAUUACUUUGACACAAAAGUUGAUAUACUUAAAGGCAAAGAUGCUGCUGCGUGUAACGAACUGGCAAACUACCUACAUGUGAAGAAAACCGAGCUAGAACGGGAGUGAAACUGACUUAUUACUUUGUUUUAUCUUUAGAUGUUUAUGAUAUGUCCAGAUUUUUGAUACAUUUGAUUAUUUGUUUGAAAGAUAAAACAUACAUGUUUGCUUGUUAGCUAGGUUCAGUCUUCACAAAGUACAUCAAGAAAAUGUGACUUUGAAAUUCACAGUCCAAAUUGCAUUUCUUACGAGAUGCAUUUUGAUACAUAUUUGUUUAUGCUUUAUUAGUCGAACAACUUCAAUAUACAGUAAUUUAUUUGUACUGUCUAACUUCCAAUACUGUAUACAAUUAGACAGCAUUGCUAGUGCAGGUUAAUGCUAUAUACAUCGUUUAUGGCAUGCCGAUGUUAUAAUUUAACAUGUUGGAUUUCCCAUAUUGAAACAUGUAUGCUACAAUCAUUACUAUUUCUGUAGUAUUGAAUUAUUAGUUUUAUUUGGCACAUGUAAAAUAAAUCGAGGUAAAGCAGUUUACAUUCAGGUAGGGCCAUGAAACAUUAUAGAAUGUAACUCAGCUUCUAAAAUUGUGGCCCUGGGGUUUUGUUUGAGAUUCACUCUUGUCAGUCCAGAAUUUGUUAGGCGUAUUUAGGGCGGCCUUGUUUAUUUGCUAUUUAUGAUUUACAUAUACUAAAAUUUUGCAAAUAGCCUGGCUGGCUUAAAGUGAACAUUUGAACUAUCUUUAAAAGUUAUAAUACAUUCUGGCUUUUGACAAAAAUAUACAUGUAAUAGAUAGAAACUGAAUGCAGUGUAUACCUUAAAGUAAAUUGCUUUUCGUCUGAAGCACAAAUAAAAUACUAUAGCGACUUACUGAGGAUCACAUUAUGAACGUUUCUGUUAAUAUUUAUCUUAUUAAAAGGUUACUCAUGGUUUAAGUAUGAAAUGCUAGGGACCAUUUCAGAUAGUGUGUAUCUAACAUGU